CGGAGAUCAGGCGUGAACAGGGAUCUCGGGCACGGACGGGGGCCUGACGUGAGACAGGCGAGCGCAGGGGGCAGUCUGAGAAAAGAUGGCGGCGCUGAGGACGUUGUUGAGGAUACGAGCUGCAGCUGGAUGGAGGGCAGCCGGGGGGAGACAGGUCAUCUGCUCCCGCAGCGAGUUCACGUCCCUGGAGGAGAAGCCUCAGUUCCCUGGAGCCUCUGCUGAGUUUGUGGACUCGUUGGAGUUCAUCCAGCCCAAUGUCAUCUCUGGGAUCCCCAUCUACCGGGUGAUGGACCGUCAGGGGCAGAUUAUCAACCCCAGCGAAGACCCCAACCUCCCGAAGGAGACGGUCCUAAAGUUUUAUCACACGAUGACGCUGCUGAACACCAUGGAUAGGAUUCUGUAUGAGUCUCAGAGACAGGGAAGAAUUUCUUUCUACAUGACCAACUAUGGAGAGGAGGGGACGCACGUUGGCAGUGCAGCGGCCAUGAAGGACACGGACCUUGUGUUUGGGCAGUAUCGGGAGGCAGGAGUCCUGAUGUACAGGGGGUAUCCUCUUGAUCUGUUCAUGGCACAGUGCUAUGCCAAUGCCUCAGAUCCUGGCAAAGGAAGACAAAUGCCUGUCCACUAUGGCUCCAAAGACCUGAACUUUGUGACGAUUUCUUCACCAUUAGCAACACAGAUACCACAAGCCGUGGGCGCUGCCUACGCCAUGAAACGGGAAAAUGCCGACCACGCUGUCAUCUGCUAUUUUGGUGAAGGAGCUGCGAGUGAAGGAGAUGCCCAUGCCGGUUUUAAUUUUUCUGCUACCUUGGAGUGCCCUGUGCUGUUCUUCUGCAGAAACAACGGAUACGCCAUAUCUACUCCUACCUCUGAGCAGUACCGGGGGGAUGGCAUCGCCGCCCGAGGUCCUGGUUACGGCAUCAUGUCGAUUCGAGUGGAUGGUAACGAUGUCUUUGCCGUGUACAAUGCCACCAAAGAGGCAAGACGAAGAGCAGUUGCAGAGAACCAGCCCUUCCUCAUAGAGGCUAUGACUUACAGGAUCGGACACCACAGCACCAGCGACGACAGCUCUGCCUACCGCUCUGUAGAUGAGGUCAACUACUGGGACAAACAGGACCAUCCCAUUUCUCGACUUCGUCACUACAUGAUGAACAAAGGCUGGUGGGACGAUGAGCAGGAGAAGAUAUGGAGGAAGAAGUCACGGAAAAAUGUUAUGGAAGCCUUUGAGCAGGCAGAGAAGAAACGCAAGCCCAGCAUCGAACACAUAUUCACGGAUGUCUACACCGAGAUGCCGCCACGUCUGAAGAAACAGGAGGAGUCUUUAAAGAAACAUCUGAGGGUUUAUGGGGAGCAUUACCCCUUGGACAGCUAUGAACAAUAAGCGCAGCCCGGUGCGGCAGAGACAUGGCUCUAAAAUACUGUUACCCUAGGAUCCCUGUUACAGGCAGCAGCAGCAGCACACUCCAGCGGGGUCUCCUCCUCAGGGCUGCCAUUUCCGUCUUUUUAUUUUUAUGGGAUAAUUACUGAUUUCUGCAGGGGUCUGUAAAUAAUAGGAGAGUUUUAAAGCAGGGAGGCAUUAGGAAGUAGAGGAACCUCCUAGCUGGAGCCUGAGAGGGGCAGUUAUAGAUAGCGGGUGACAUUGUGUAACGUAUUCUAUAAGAACGAGAACACUAGCUCUAACUAAUGGUGGAGGAACUGUAUGACAUUGCAGUGAAUAAAUGUCUCCUGGUUUGGGGCA